AAAGCGCGAAAAAUGAAGACAAGAGGAGAGAGAGUGAGGUUUUGAUUAACGAGAAGGAGCUUGAAUUUCCGGGGUAGGAAACUCUCUUUCCGGAAUUGAAGAUUUGGAUCUUUACUAUAUAUAUGGUGUUUUCUUUAAUUUUUUCUAGGGUUAUUCUACCUGGGAUUUCUCUUGAAGAUAAGAAGAGUAGUUAAUAUUAAUGAAUAAUAUUAAUGGAGAGCCAUCAGUUCAUUUACAAGCGUUCGGCGAUCUAAGAGACUGUUUUAUGAUCUUUGGAAGGUGACUUCGAUAUCGAAUUUGUAUUCGUCUGGAAGCAAAUAUCUGGAUAUGAUGUUCACGAUUGGUUUUGAAUUGGAUCGUGUCUUCAGUUCUUGUUUUAAUUAAGUUAUAGGAAACUAGCUUUUCCCUCUAAGUACCCAAAAUGAGGACACAGACACAAUUAAAAGCGAAAGGAAACACCAGGCCUAGCCCUCAGCAAGCAACAUUUGAGCUCAAGUCUCGAGUAAUUCAUACAUUAAAUAAGCUUGCAGAUCGAGAUACCUACCAGUUAGGAGUUGAAGAGCUGGAAAAAACUGCUGAGAGUUUAACGCCAGAAGGUGUUGCACCGUUUAUUUCUUGUGUUAUUGAUACUGACUCCGGUCAGAAGAGUGCAGUUCGGAAAGAAUGUGUUAGAAUUAUGGGUACGUUGGCAAGAUUCCACGAUGGGCUUCUUGGUCCACACGUAGCAAAAAUGAUGUCUAGCAUUGUAAAGCGGCUAAAAGAUCCCGAUUCUGUGGUUAGGGAUGCUUGUGUGGAAGCUGUGGGGGUUUUGGCUUCAAAAUUGAGUAACUACGAGGAAGAGAGUGAUGGAUCUUUUGUUUUGCUAGUUAAGCCACUUUUUGAAGCUUUGGGUGAACAGAAUAAGGUGGUGCAGUGUGGUUCAGCAUUAUGUCUAGCUAGUGUCAUAGACAAUGCUAUUGAUCCUCCAAUCUCAAUUUUGGCACGUAUGUUGACUCGAAUCACCAAGUUCCUAAAGAAUCCUCACUUUAUGGCGAAGCCGGCUGUUGUCGAUUUGGUUAGAAGUAUAAUUCAGGCAGGGGGUGCUUCAUCCCAGAACACCUUAUCUGCUGCCAUGUCCAGCAUUCAGGAAGCUCUUAAAAGCAGUGACUGGGCGACAAGGAAAGCUGCCUCUGUAGCACUGGCAGGUAUAGUUGUAAGUGGCGGUUCUUCAUUGAUGUCUUUCAAGGCAUCUUGCAUCUGUGCCCUUGAGUCCUGUCGCUUUGACAAGGUGAAACCUGUUAGAGAUUCAGUAUCCCAAGCACUGCAUUGCUGGAAAAGCCUUCCAGGAUCUGAUGCUGCUGAUCUAUCCGAAACCGGAUCUUCUACUAAAGAGAAUCUUCGAGGUGAGUACAGUGACCUUACCAGUGCAAGUGACGGUGGGUGGAAAGAUGUUGCUUCCAAGAAUAUAGGGAAAGGAACAGUCAGCAAAAGGGUUCCUCUAACUGCUAGGAGAAUGGGCGCAAAUAAUGUACCAAGUCCUCAAAAAUCCAAAGCAGAAGAUUGGGAGAUUGAAAUUGCUGUUCCGAAGACCUGUCCAAUUAAUUUAAUGGACAGACAGGAGGAAGAAUCUGAGGGUAGUUGUCUUACUAAAGCAUUUGAAAGAAGAACUGAAGAUACUAGAGUUCUGCAAGAUAACACAUAUGAUUAUUCUCCAACAGAUGAUAUAUCUGAGUGUUCAAUGUCAAAUCUAGUCGAUGGUAAGUUUGAGAUUAAGCUGGUGAGUCAUGACUUUCUUGAGAAAAGUACUGUUGUGAAGUCAGUGGAGAGGAACAAACAGCCUACUGCUAAAGAAGUUGUGUUCCAACAUCCAGUAUGUCCAGAAAGGUCACUGAAUCGCCAGAGUUUGGAUUCCACAAUUACAGAAGUGAGCUCACAAGUUGUGCGUGGGUGUUGCUCUCAAACAGCAAAUGAGAUGGCCAUAAUGCAGAAACAACUUUCUGAGAUUGAAAACAAACAGUCAAGUCUAAUGGAUAUGUUGCAGCUGUUCAUGGGGAGUACAAUGGAGAGCUUAUCUAUGUUGCACUCAAAAGUGCUUGGUUUAGAAAAUUCAGUCGACAGAAUUGCACAAGACUUCGUUCACAAGAGCCACUCUAAUAUGGCAGGCUCCAAAGUUUUGAGAAACAGCCAUAGUGUCUCUUCUUCCCCAAGAGUUUCUACCUGCACCCCUAGGACAUCUAUGGAUAUACAGCCGAGACGAUCUUCACGAUUGGCUGCAAAGAGUAGGGACGUUUGGGAGGGCACUUCAGUUUCUGAAUGUAGAUCAAGCACUUCAGAGAAACAAGGUGUUGACAUGCGGAGAGAUCACAGGCUAAACGUGACAGGAAAGUGUGUGAAACCGAAUAUUAUAACUGAACCUAAAAAUUCAAGUUUUCGUGCACGAAAAGUUGAGGAAACUAUUACUGCUUCGCCCCGUAACUUCAAUGGCAGAGAAAAUAGUCUAGGUUAUAAUAAUUACUUAUGGAAACGUGUAAAGGAUUAUAUUUGCAAAGGUGACUUAGAUUCUGCAUUUGUCGAGGUUCUCCGCUCCGGUGAUGACCUCACUCUGAUGGAACUUUUGGAUCGAACUGGUCCCGUUUUGGAAAUGUUGUCACAAGAUACGGCCUGUGAGGUUCUUAGCACAUUGGCAUCUCACUUCCUGGAUCAGAGAUUUUUGGGCUCCAUAAUUCCUUGGUUGCAGCAGAUGGUGGACUUGAGCAAUACCUAUGGGCCAGAUUACCUUGAUCUACCAGCCAAAGCCAGGAGAGAAUUCUUGUCUGCUGUACAAGAAGCAGCAAGCAUGGAUUUUCCAAACCCAGCUGACAGGAGAUCUGUCACACAGCUUGCAUUGAAGUUGCGCCAUGCUUGGGGGAAAUUCUCUCAAUAACAGGAGACCCAGUUUGUGAAUUACAUAUAUCAUUAACAUCAAGCGUUUUCAAAUAGAGAUUUUACGUUUAAAGAAUCAUGUGAAGUGUACUUUGUUGGUAUUAGUAUUAGUCCCCAAUUCCACUUGUUUUUAUGAAUUAGAGGUAGUUUUCUUUCUCCAGUCCUAGUGUUUGUAGAAGUUUUAUAAAAACUCUUGAACUGAAGGAAUUCCAAUAACUUGUAUGGAAGACUGACAUUCUGAAUUGCUAUGUGGAAAAACUGGCUAUCUGUGCAAUUUGAAUUGUAACAUUAA